AGUCCAGCGGCGAUGAUCCAUCGGAACAGAAUGUGUGACACGUGGGACAAUAAUCUCUGCCACAUCUUUCACCGGAAGUUAGAUUAUUUUGGCCGAUCUACGGGACGGACACGGAGGAGAGGUGGAUCGGAAACUUCUGCUGCGUUUAAACGCAACUAAUCAAGGUUUCUGCCUGAGAUCUGCACCUGUUACCUAAGAAUCUGGACGAAUCUCUCCGGAUAGGUGUGAGCCGGUCCGACCGGUUUUCUGCAAGGCAGCCUCUGUGCCAGCCCUCGUUCCCGUCCCUGUGCUACCUUGGGUCAUCCGGUUCAGGUUUCAAACCCGACAAACAGGUCCGGGCUGGGGUACCGCCUCGAAGAGAGCGCAUAUAAAGCAGCCACCUUCGCCGAGAUUUCUGAAACAACGAGAAACGCUCAAAGCAGAAGCAGAGACGCAGAAACAAGCCUAAGGAACCGUGAACUUCUCCGCGCCAAGAUGAUGAUGAUGCAGCAGCUGUCGGAGACCCCCAAGCAGAAGAACUCCCUCCUCAACGCCAUGAACCGCUUCAUCGGCGCCGUGAACGACAUGGACCAGACCAUCCUGGUGCCCAGCCUGCUGCGGGACGUCCCGCUGGAAGAGGAGCGCGAGAUGGGCGGCCUCAAGUCCGAGGAGGACGAGGGCGACAUGUACAGCUACUACGAGCUGCUCAAGUCCAUCCGCACGGACAUGGAGUGGGGCGUCCGGUGCGCGUCCGCCGACGAGAUGCGCAAGGAGAGCAUGAAGAUCGGCCGCUCGCACUCGUCCGCCUCCACCUGCUCCUCCGCCUCCGCCUCCUCCUGCUCGGCGUCGUGCUCCGAGGAGGAAGACGAGGGAGAGGACGAGGAUCUGCAGAAGCAGUUCCAGUUCCACCUGACGGGACUGCAGGGGGUUCUGUCCAAGCUGACCCAGCAGGCCAACUCGCUCACCAAGCGCUACCAGCAGGAGAUUGGCAUCGGGGGAUGGGGCCAAUAAGACGCGCGCAACUGGACUCUUUUCUCCAAAGUCUCGCCGGCUGAACUGAACUUUUUUUUUGUUUUGUUGUUGUUGUUUUUCUCUCAGUGGGCCCGAUUUCUGCUGCUGCUGGUGCUGCUGAUGAAACGAUCAUCAUCUGAACGGUGGCGAGGAAAGGCAGCAGCCGAGCUCACGUGGUUUUUUUGGUCCUGAUGAAAGCAUCAAUGUUUCUUUUUUUUUUUUUUUUUUUGCACUCCGAUGUCUUGUGAAUAGUUUUACGUUCAGGCCUUAUCAGAUGAAACUAUUUAAGCCUCUAUUUAAUAUAUUUAUUACCUCCCGAUGGAUGCCAUAGAGCUAUAUGAAAGUUUCAAAAUGUGGGGAAGAAGUAGAGCGAACCUAUACUGGCAAAAGACUCAACAUCUCUACUGCAAAAAUGAUGAUGAUGAUGAUGUCAGUGAGUUCACGUGGAUUUGUCCUGUGCUUGUUCUUUAAGUCUAAUGUUGUUGUUGUUGUUUUUUUGGAUUUUUAUUUUGUCUUUCUUCGCUUAGAAGGAGGCAGAUGCUGACUGCAUCGCUGCCCUUGAUCUCUUUGUGUCCUACAUGGUCAAUGAACUGGAAUCAAAUGAUAAUUCUUCUGCGAGGAGAAUAAUGAGGGUUUCCACGAGAGGCUGUCUCUGUUGUUGUUGUUGUCGUUUAGCCUGUUAAGUUUUGUGAUUACAUGGUCCAUAUGUCAAAGCAAGCAAUUACUUUUGUAUGCACCUUUUUUUAUACCUGUACUUAAUAAACUUUUUUUUAUAUGAACGUA